AUGACUAAAGAACAGCUGGAGGACCAUGUGAAAAGAUUGCGAGAUGAACUGGACAAGGAGAGGCAGGAAAGAAAUUAUUUCCAGUUGGAGAGGGACCAGCAAAAUGCAUACUGCGAAAUAACUAAGAAUCAACUGGAGCAAGUGCAAGCCCAACUCAGGAACAAAGAUCGGGAGUUGGAGGAAAUUGAAGAGAAACAUCAAACCGAAAUUAAGGUUUACAAACAGAAAGUGAAGCAUUUGUUGUACGAGCACCAAAGCCACUUGACGGAGAACAAAGCGGAGAAUAUGAUCUCGUUGAAGCUGGCGCAAGACGAGCACAACGACCACGAGAGGUCCACGUGGGUAGAGAAGCAGCACCUCAUUAAAUCCAUGCAGAGCAGGCAGCUCGAUCACGAAAAUGCCAUCAAGACGCUAAAAUUGAAACACGAUGAAUACGUUUCGAACCUGCGCAGUCAGUACGAGCAGCAGAUAACUGACCUGAAAUCAAAAUACGAUAAAAAAAUAAAACUGCUGCGAGAGGACAUGGAGCUGACGCGCAAGACUGAAGUGCACGCAGUUGAGGAGAGGAAGAACUCGCAGAUCAGUGAACUGAUGAAGGGCCACGAGAAGGCCUUCAGUGAAAUCAAGAACUACUACAAUGACAUCACGCUCAACAAUCUAUCAUUGAUUGGCACACUGAAGGAACAGAUUGAAGAACUGAAGAAGAAGGAAGAAAGGAUGGAGAAACAAAUGAAUGAAGUAACCAAUGACAACAAAAAUCUCAUUGAACCAUUGAAACGAGCUCAGGAUGACGUCAAAAUGUUGAAAAAACAACUUAAUAACUAUGAGAAAGACAAGGCUUUGUUGAAUACGACGAAGGCAAGAUUGAAGGCAUGCGAGGAAUCGCUGAAAAGUUCUGAUUGGGAGUUGGAAGUGUUGAGGCAGAGGUUUGAACAGGUUGAAUCUGAACGAGACGAGCUGCACAACAGAUUUGUUAGCGCCAUCCACGAGGUCCAACAGAAAACCAGCAUGAAGAAUAUACUGCUCGAGAAGAAACUUCAAACUCUGGGUCAGUCGUUGGAGGUGAAAGAGGCCCAGUUAUCGAAGUUGCUGACAACAUGCAGUUUAGAUCCAUCGGAACUGAACAACGUCACAAAGAAACUCGAGGACAUAUUAAAUGACAAGAACUCAACAAUCAAGCAACUGAAGAGCGAACUGUCUCGCGUAUGCAAGGCGCACAACGACCUGCUGAGAACGUACGAAUCUAAGAUGCAGCAUUUUGGCAUCCCCGUGGCAGAACUUGGCUUCAAGCCUCUGGAAACAUCAGUCACAAUGGAUGCCAUCGUUGGGAAAGGACCAGCUGGUCUCGUUUCGGCAAUGUCCUGAUGUUUUCAAAACGUUGAGGUUAUAACGGUCACUGAUUUGUUAUACAUGCAGUUGAUUCCUUUUUCCUCUCUAUACAAGCGAUUUAUGAAUAAGUUAUUCAGGUGAGAAAUUAAAUUGAUAGAAAAUGAGAGAAAGAGAGAAGAAGGGGAUGAGGGUUUAUAAAAAUCGAAUGUUUAUGCAAUCAAUUUUGCACAAAUUCUUCCUCCUUUCCAACCGUUAAGAAAUUGAUGUUUAAGAAACGUUUGUGUUACGUACGCGUCCCUAAAUACAUACAUGUCUAUUUUAUGUGAAAAUUGUAUUCAUACCAUUUUAUUCAUAGUAAUGUAUCUACUGCUGCUGCUGUAAUGAACUUUAAAAUGAACUUUAUUGUCAAAUAUUUUUUAAUUAUGCAUAUUUAAUUUUAAACAAUCUUACAUAAAUAAUAUCACUUUAUUUUUUGUUUAUAAUAGAUUAAUUUAUUUUAAUCUAAACGUCUUUAAUUUACUUUUCUCUUUCCGGAGAAUCGAAGUGGGCAAACAUUUAUUAGAACGAAUUUGAAUGGUGAGAAUUACUUCAAAGGUUUAUUUAUUUAACCGUCAAUAAAUUUAUCACCGCCA